AUGCUACAAGAAACUGCUGCUAAGCCCAAAAGCUCGGCCCACAAGUCGACCGUCAACAAGCCGACAAGCCACCAUCGUCCAACCAUGAACUCCUGGCAAGUUGUAGCAGCAGUCACGGCCUCUGAUGAUCAAAAGGAUGCCACUGCAGAGUCGGUAGCAACUGUGCAGGUUAUGGUUGAUGGCUGCGAAAAGUGCACCCAAUACUGUGGACCGGUCACUCUGCAAAGGUUUGGCAACACGUUGCUAUUUCGUGUUGUAAUCCUCAAUGAUAAGACCAACAGAAACAUGAUGGUUAUCAACUUGCCCCCCGAUGACGAAUGGCGUGUGGAGUUACCCAAGAAGUUGAUUAGCCCCAACACAAGGACAAAAGCUGUCAAGACCAUCGUCAGGCUCCGCAGUGGCAAUGCAGAAGGAUACGACAUGAUGACAAUCACAAUGCCUUGGAAUGGUAAAAAAGGCUCAUCCAUGGUGUUUGCCGAAGCGGUAAUCUUUGCGUCCGGUGUGGUGAAUGAUGCUUGCAUUGAUCGCACGUAA